AUGAGAUGAGCCCUCUUGAAGUAGAGGAACUUCUGAUGAAAGCCUCAGAGAAGAAAGACCCAACAGAUGUGGAAUACCAUGAACCAGUGUUUUCAAGCCCAUUCAGUCGACCUACAACCCCUCAGAGGACAGAAAGAGGCUACAUCAGCCUUCAUGGCCUUCAGAUGCCCAACAAGAACCAGAGUCCCUUUCAGGCUGAGAACUUUAGAAAACAAGAAGCUAAAACCAACCAGUAUUUGGGUACCAACCAGCUGGCUCAAAAUGGAUCAUAUGCUAAUAACGAAUACAGCGGCAUAACCAGGAUCAGCCCGGCAUCUUCUCCCAUACAAGAGUAUGAGGAACAGCUUCGGAUAACUCCAACGGCAGAUUCCGGGCUGGGAUUUGGACGGUAUUCCCCUCUGAAUCCAAAAGAAGACUCUAGUCUCAACUUUGUGAGCUUCCUCCCUCCUGAGGUGGAAUCUGGUGAACCUGUUACCAUGAUCUUCAUGGGUUAUCAAAAUGCAGAAUCUGAUGAGGAAGAUGAAGGAAUCCAGGCUGAACUGGUAGUUAUUAGUGAUGAUGAUGAUGAAGAUCCCAAGGAAGCCCCUUUGUCGUACCACCCUCUGGGCUACCGCAGCAAGAUCUUCAAACCCAACAGUACGGUGUACCGCUCUGAGAUCAGGCCUGGUGCCAUCAGAACCUUCAGCUCUGGAAGACAGAUGCUUGGAAAUGAAACCAAAGACCCGACAGACACAGAGUAAUGCACCGUUCCCGUCCAUCAGCUAUAAUCGAGCGCUUUGUCCUUGGUGCUUUUAAGACGUUGUGUCUGCUCAAGAGGUCUUUCAUAACAUCUGCUAAAGAGAGUGUUAUGUAAUAAUACUUGGCUUGCAUUACGUAAGGCGCAAAAUUAAUGCUAAAAUCCACAACGUUCUGCAUAUUCAUUGUUUUCUCUGUUUUGUCAUCCCCUGAUUUUGGCACGCCAGUGCAGGAUGAAUGUGUUAACUGCAAUCCCAUCAUCCUCUCUAAUGACAGACAAAUCUAUUGAUUGAUUGUAUAGUACUGGAUUUUGAUUGGCCUGAAACUAACUAACCACCUGCAUGCAGAAUAUCUAGGUGUGGUUAAACUGAAAUAUUCUUACUGUCCUCUCCACAGCACUGCCAAUGAAACUGUCUCAGCUAGGAAAAUACAUGUAACCUCUUCAAAGCAAGAUUAAUAUGUCGGCAUCUUGUACUUCCUGAUGAGGAUGAAAUGGACUGAGAGACUGAUCUGAAAAAAAAAAAACAAAAAAAAAAAACCCUGCUUAUGACAUGAAUCAUAUUUGAGUGCCAAAAACAGCAUUUGUUCAUUAUUUCAUUUUUGUACAUAAUGUUCUUCAGUUGACUGUUCUGUAAUUUAUGUUGUUUGUUGGCAUUUUCCCCCCCCUUUUUAAUCAAAGUGGGGAAAGAAAAAAAAAACUUCUCCCUCCCAAAACUGGCAAAUAUCGGGUGACUUAAAUUAAUGCACCAGAACAAAUAUUUCAACACUACAGAUACCACUAUACAAACUGUUAAAAAAUACAUUAUGCUGUAAUUAUAUAUUUUUUAAUCAGUGCUGUUGUCACAUUUUCAAGUAAAAGAAAAACAUAAACAUCCC